UCCCUCUGAGAGGAGGCGGGAAAUGGCGUCCCGAGCAGCUGUAGCAGAUCUCUCUGUCGUUCUGUGACUCACACUCAGCGGAGAAGGAGCCGACAGACACUCGCGCGGGCCGCUUCAGCCGCCGUGGCCAGAUCCACAACCACCUCUGGAUCGUGUCGUUGCGACCCCUGGCAUUUGCCGUUGUUACGGGAAGAGCACAACCGCAACAGGAGCAACACAUGAUUUAGUUCAAAUCUCUUACAUGUGACUUUUGGGACAAUGAGGCUGAGAGUGCGUAAAGCAUCUCAGCAGCGGAGCGAUACCCCGUCCGCCCGGACUGCCAAGACCAAGAGGAAGCACUCCGAGGUGGAACACACUUUGCCCUCCGAAGACGGCAAGAUGCAGAAGAGAGACACGGGCAUUUUCUCCACCAUCAAACGGUUCAUCAGAGGCAAUGCUGUCAAGGUGGAGCAGUGCACUCCUGCUAAGAGGAGCCGUGUAGACUGUGAUUCAGACAGUAAUCUGAUCACAUCCACUCCGACCGGUGGGAACCUGCCCAGCAGAGCAAACCCCAGAGCCCGCAGGAAAGGUCCUGUGAAUGGAGAUACCAUGACAGGACAGAGUAAACCAGUGAAGCCCAACGGGAAGCUGGAGGUGCAGACGGAAACUCCGAGCAGUCCGCCCCGCACCACCCUCCUGGGAACCAUCUUCUCUCCUGUUUUUAGCUUCUUCUCACCCGCCAACAAAAACGCUACAGCGGGCUCUGAUUCCCCAGGCCAGGCGGUGGAAGCCGAGGAGAUCGUGAAGCAGCUCGACAUGGAGCAGCUCGAGGAAACCCCGACCAGCACUACCACCGAUGGCCGAGACCUGACCUUUGACCCUGCACUAAACCCUAGACCGCUGCCUCAUGUAGACACAACGGUAGAGGAAGGAGAGAUCGUCACAGAGGCUGAUAUGCCUCCGCUAACUGCCGUAGGAUCCAACAGCAAUUACCCGGAUGUCCCGCCAUCACCUCCUCCUGAGGGGACUUAUGAAGAGGACUGGGAAGUUUUUGACCCUUAUUUCUUUAUCAAACACGUGCCACCCUUGACUGAAGAGCAGCUCACCCGUAAGCCUGCGCUCCCUCUGAAAACCAGGAGCACGCCCGAGUUCUCCCUCGUCCUGGAUCUUGACGAGACGUUGGUCCACUGCAGCCUCAAUGAGUUGGAGGAUGCAGCUUUGACCUUCCCUGUGCUUUUCCAAGAUGUCAUUUACCAGGUGUAUGUCCGGUUACGACCAUUCUUUAGAGAAUUCCUGGAACGCAUGUCUCAGAUUUAUGAGAUUAUUCUCUUCACUGCUUCCAAGAAGGUAUAUGCUGACAAGCUGCUGAACAUCCUGGAUCCUAAAAAACAGUUGGUUAGGCACAGAUUGUUCCGCGAACACUGCGUAUGCGUCCAAGGCAACUACAUCAAAGACCUUAACAUCCUCGGGAGAGAUCUCUCCAAGACGGUGAUCAUAGACAACUCUCCUCAGGCUUUUGCCUAUCAGCUUUCCAAUGGGAUCCCCAUUGAGAGUUGGUUUGUGGACAAGAAUGACAAUGAGCUCCUAAAGCUGGUGCCGUUUUUGGAGAAGCUGGUAGAACUGAAUGAGGACGUUCGGCCACACAUAAGAGAGCGAUUUCGCCUGCAUGACCUUCUACCCCCAGACUGAAUGUGGAA